AUGUUGUAAUGGACUUCAGUUAAGGCUUUGGUUUGAGCCCACUGAUGCCCUGAGGCGAUUGUUUGGUCGCUGUCCGUGGUGCUGAAAGUCAACAGGAUUGCGAGCAGCCACAGAGGCCACAACAAUUCACUUCCAUGGGAAUAUAGUUGGUUUUUGAACUAAAAUGCCACAGUACAGCUUGUCUAACCAGCACUUUUGGACUUCUGUGGAACACAUACGGGAAUUCAGAUGUUAAACUUUUGACUAAAUGUGACUCACACUCAUCAGGGGGCCGACUCGGUGCCUCACAAAUUGCACCCAGCAGGGAACAGGACCUUGUGCCUUCAGGAGCGUCUGAGAGGCGCAUGCGCAAAUGUCAGAGAGUUUUAUGAAUUGUUUCUUUUCUGGAACAGAAAGUCCCACGCAUGCGACAAGGAGACAUCUAGUUCAGCAUCACAGUGCUGAGACUUUUCAAAAAAAUCUAUCUCCUCCUUCAGCUGCAUUUGGAGACUAAACUGUUGUCUCACUUUGUUGCCUCUGUGUCUGACGAGGUCCGAUUUCCGAAGGAACUGAUACCCUCCUCUUCCUCCUCGUCGUGGUGCAGCAGCAGCCAACGCGGUGAGUGCGUCCUGCAGCAGCAACAACAGCAGCAGCAGCAACGACACCUGUCGUUUUCAGGACGAGUUGAUAACCGUUUAGGAGUAAAACAAGGUAUUCUCCGAAACUAUUCACAGCCAGACACCGCGGACAUCCGUGAAUACCAAUGGCUUCAUCUGUAGAUAUUUGCGCCUCUGAAAAUUACGCAUCGAGCCCUUGAUGCUGAAGUGUGGUGACGCUGAGGGGAGCAAUUUCAGUGCAUCCCUGUGAACAUACACACUCAAACACACACACACAGCUUGUUGAGCCUUUUGGAGUCAAGCUCUUCACAGGAGACAAUGAGAGGCUACCUGCUGACUGCAAUCUUUCUGCUGCCCUUGGUGGCCACAGAGUCUGAGCAUUGUCUAAUCAAGCGUGAACAUGAGAAAUGCAUGGAGAGGAUCAUACUGCACAAUCCCAGCGAUGACCUUGACUUGGUGUGUCCGUGGAUGUGGGAUAACCUGACCUGCUGGCAGGCGGCCAAUGUUGGUGAAGUUGUGGUGGUCAACUGUCCAGAGCUCUUUCAUGACUUCAUGGGCCCCGACGAUGAGAUGGGGAAGGUCAGUCGUAACUGUACUGAGGACGGCUGGACUGAACCUUUCCCUCACUAUGUGGACGUCUGCUUCUUCUAUGACAACACCACUAAACCUGACAUGUACUACGCCUCAGUCAAAGCCCUGUACACCGUUGGCUACAGCACAUCGCUGGUGUCUCUGACUACAGCCAUGGUCAUUCUCUGCAGAUUCAGGAAGCUCCACUGCACCAGGAACUUCAUUCACAUGAACCUGUUUGUGUCUUUCAUCCUGAGAGCCAUCUCAGUCUUCAUCAAGGAUGGUGUGCUGUAUGCUCAGGAGGACAGCGACCACUGCUUCAUACACACAGUGGCGUGUAAAGCAGUGAUGGUUUUCUUCCAUUACUGUGUCAUGUCCAACUAUUUCUGGCUCUUCAUUGAAGGUCUGUAUCUCUUCACUCUGCUGGUGGAGACUUUCUUUCCUGAGAGACGUUACUUCUACUGGUACAGCAUUGUAGGAUGGGGAACUCCCACCAUUUGCGUCACUGUCUGGGCAGUUCUGAGGCUCCACUUUCAUGACACUGGAUGCUGGGAUACAAAUGAGAACACUGCCCUCUGGUGGGUGAUCAAAGGACCAGUUGUGGCCUCCAUUAUGAUCAAUUUUGUCCUCUUCAUUGGAAUAAUCAUCAUCCUGGUCCAGAAGCUGCAGUCCCCUGAUAUCGGAGGGAACGAAUCAAGCAUUUACCUCUGUGCUCAGAAAUGCUUCAGUGAGCCCACACAGGCUGUUCAGCAUUCGUGCAGGAUGUCAGAACUAUCCACCAUCACACUGCGUCUGGCGCGCUCCACCCUCCUCCUCAUCCCCCUGUUUGGUAUUCACUACACUGUGUUUGCCUUCUCACCUGAAGAUGUCAGCAAGAGGGAAAGAUUGGUCUUUGAACUGGGACUUGGAUCCUUCCAGGGCUUUGUUGUAGCUGUGCUCUACUGUUUCCUCAAUGGAGAGUUUCUCCCUGAAGGUGCAGUCGGAGAUCAAGAGGAAAUGGCGCAGCUGGACAGUGAACAGGUACUUUGCUGUGGACCUGAAGCAGCAAAGGCACCCUUCGUUGGCGAGCAGUGGAGUGAACGGCGGGACUCAGCUGUCGAUCCUCAGCAAGAGCAGCUCCCAGAUACGCAUGUCCAGCCCACUGGCGGAGAACGCCAACAUCAGCCUCCCGACCUGAGCGUCUGAUUGACAGGAGUCAACUUCAAGGUGCCGUUCCACUUAUGUACAUCCAGACCAACCAGAACAGACCAAAGUGGCCCCUCACACCUCUUAUAUUUUGUAGAUUGGCCUUUAGAAAACGAGGUAUUUCUGAAAGCAUUUACUGGAGAUUCAUUAGAGGUGCAUAGCUGGGUUUAUAAUUUCAUUUGACUAUACAAUAUAAUUGAAUUUGAGUAUUUUAGUUGGCUCUGUAGAUUGAGAUCUUUUAUGAUUAAUGACACACUUAAUAUUUUUACAGACAACUCAAAUUCCACUCCAUCAAUUAAAACAUAAGCGAGAUAUUAGAAAUUCCCUUCCUUCCCUUCCUUCCCUUUAUUUUAAAUGUAGCCCCUGUUACUGUUUUAUUUAUUUAGUUAGUGCCAAAAACAGUACUAGUUGUUAAAAAAAACAAAAAAACAAUAGUUAAACAUGAAAUGUAGGGGUCAUAUUCGGCUGUUGGUGUGUAAAGUAAAUGUGCUUCAAAGUGCCGUACAGGUUGCCUGACUGAUCUCAGUCCAAAGUUAAAUAACAACCAAACGUUCGCCUUGCUUGUACAAAUGCUCAUUGUUUAAAUGUUUCACCUUAAAUUUAAACAUUUUUCUACAAUCAGCCGUAAGUACAGAGUAUGUCAAAAGAUAUAUAGGGAGAAAAAAAAACUCAUGGACUUUGUAAAUAGUUACUUUUGAUGUCUAGAUCAGAAUUUCUUUCUUUUGCAUAUUGCAGUAUUGUAAUGACCUUUUCAAAUAAAAGGAACUGGAGCCCAAAUCUGUAGACUGCAUCACAUAUCCUGAGGACCCAGAUGAUCCUGCCCACUAUAUUCUGAACUAUUUGUUUGUAUUAAAUAAACACACACAGUAUAUAUAAGAACAUAGUGCCAAAAUGAAUGAGCACUAUAGGGCAAUGGUUCCCAACCUGGGAGUCACAAGAUGAAUCUGACGGGUCAAGACCUGUAAGAUACAACAAGUUACAACAUUUUUCUGCUACAAUAAAUUAUGUUUAUUUUUAUUUUACCUUUUUUCCCAGUCAUCUUCAGGCUUCUAAAAAUAUUCAAAUUAAACCAUUUGAAAAGCUUGAAGUGCUCACAGCUUUUGUUAGAGGGGGUUUUGUGAGGGGGUUGUGCGUUGACUUUGUAUUGUUUUAAAGGGUCACAAGACAGGUUGGGAACCACUGCUGUAGAGGAUAGCACCAUAUAUGAGGGAGUACAAAAUUUGAUUUAAAAAUGUUUUAAAAAGACUUCAAAUCUACACUCUGAACUGAUUUAUCCAUUCCUCACAGCUAGUGUCAGUGAGCCUUUAGUUAUGCUACAGUAGUUUCCUCCAGUUGGUUUUCAGUCAUAUUCUUGCAGACUGUGAACAUAAACAGUACAUGUGCCAUUCAGUGGAUGCUUUUAUCCAGAGCUCCUCAUAGUGCCAUGAGUUUACAGUACAUGUACAGCAUUUUAUUGUAGGCCUUGAGAUUCAAACCCUCAACAUGAUCUUAAAGAUAACAGGACUCUUUGUCUUGCUCUCUUUUCCCUGAGCCUCAACCCAUCAUGCCAUAUUAAAGCACUCUUAAUUUUAACUUUAUGAAUUAAUCAUCUCCUACUCUCAUAUUCCAAAGUGCCUAGUCAGUCACAAAUAGCUAUCACUUUUAUUUGCAGUACAAUGAACAGAUAUCUUAAAGGUGUAGUAAGAGAUAUUUCCUGCAAAGAAUGUACAGAGUAGUGUGUUUUAUUGUGGAUCACUUUCCAAAGUAAUGCUUUUUUAAUUGUGUGCUACAAAAAAAGAAAACUGUUUUGCUCAUUUAUUGUUGAAAUUCUUCUUUUUCUCUUUUUCUUACACAUAAAGUGAAAAGAGUCCUGCUGUGUUCUUUGUCUUUUUAAUCAUGAUGGGUUUGACAGGACUUGAGUAAUAACGCUACAUAAUUGCUGCUUUAUUUAGCAUCUUGGUUACAACUAUCAUCUAUUCAAGAUAAUUGCUAGUCCUUUUUAAUUCAGCACCAACGUCGAACACAUUAAACAGCUUCAAAACCGAAACAAUACAUGUUGUCAACACAAAAUGCUUUAAUGUGAUGAGUGUUGCCCGUUUUCUCUUUCUGUCUUUUUGUUUGUGCACAAACAAGCUAACAAACAAUAACUGUCCAGAUGGGGAAAUCAUGUAAUAAGAUGAAAUGUGAAAUGAUGUGUACAGGAGGAUUUAUCCACAAUAUUUACUCAAGAUAUUUAUUUUUUGUACUGUCGUCUGAGUGGAUUACAAGAAUGUAGUAACUUUAAACAAUGAAUUGACGAUGUCUUUGAACAGAAAAGGAUGUAUAUUUAUUUUCCACAAACCAGUGUCAUGUGAAAAUGACUCAUUGUAUAGUAUACAUGCUUUCUUACAUGCAAUUUAGUUGUAUGCCUGAUGUAUGAUUUCAUUACAUUGGUUGAUGUUAAUAAUAACUUUAUUUAUAUAGCAAAGGGAUGACCUCAGUUUUAGUAUCAUUAAGCUGGAGAAAGUUUUCAGACAUCCAACUUUUGUCUGCUAAGCAUUUAUGAAGGGUUUGUAGGCUGGUUUUGUCAUUAGGUUUGACUGGCAGGUAGAGUUGCGUGUCGUAGGGUUAGAGAUGGAACUGAAUGUUAUGGUUUCGUAUGAUUUCACCCAGGAGGUCAUUGCUCACUCUCAGGAAGGCAGUGUCUGUGCUGUGAAAGGCACGGAAACUUGAUUGACAUUUUUCAAAAUGAUUGUUAUUACUGAGAUUAGCGAUCAGCUGGUGGAAUACAACUUUUUUUUCUUUCUUUGGUCUGUAGUUGUUAAGAGCUGUGGGGUCUAUUUUAAAACAGCAGUUUUAAAACGGCAGUUUUAAAAUAUGUGGGAAAAGACCCAGAGUUCAGGGAGCUGUUAACAAUAGACAAAAUAUAAGGGCCAAUGGUGGGGAGAACCUCCUUCAAAAAUUAAACUGGUAAAACGUCCAAGGGGCAGGUAGAGGACUUCAUGUUAUUGAUUAUUUCAGCAGAGUUUCUAGGGAAAUUUGGUUGAAGGAGGAGAGGUAGCCAAUAGAUGGGCUUGGGAUGGGUUCUACUAAUCUCCUAGAUUUAGGAGCUCCCACAACAGGUUGACUGCUGUUGAAUGUUGAUCUGUUGGAAUCAACUUUGUUUUUAAAAUGGGUUAAAAACCAGUUACAAAGUUUGGGAGAAGCGUACCUGUCAGAGUCUUGAGGGGCACCAACAACACGAUCAAUAGUCCUAAACAGGAUUCUAGAAUUAAUGGCAGUUGCUAGAGAUUAGAGUGGAGAAAUAGUUCGCUCUUGCAUCUUUAACUGCAGCAUUAUAAUCCCUCACACAAGUUUUAAGAUUUGGUGGAACACCUGUAAUUUAGUGGAUUUCCACUUGUUCAGUUUUUCUGGGCUGUCUUCUAAGCUUACCUUUCUUGGUCAAAGUGCCAUAAAUGUAGUGCCAUAACUGGUGACAGAGGGAGAUGUGUGCCACAAUGUCACAUUUCUGAUUUUAAAGAAAACAAAAUCACUCACGGACCAUUGCUGUCCAAAGCUGCAGAGGAUAUUGUGAGAGAUAAAACACAGAUAUAACCUCAAAAAAGCAAGAUAAAACAUACACACUACUGAAGAGAUGCAUCAGUUUUAUGCAUCAGCUCAGCUGCUUUUGGACGAAACAGUGGACAGUGGACUGUGAGACAAAAUACUAUCAAGUGAACUAGAGACAGAGGCAGAAUAGUUUUUAUUAAUUAGGAUAAAAGAUAAAACAUAUAAGUGUGUAUGAGGGUGUGAUAAAACCACUCUGCUGCUGCUUACGUGUUCACCAGCCGUCACUCUGAGUCUAAAUCAGCUCAGAUGGAAACGACCAUGUCUCAAAGCUGUUAGCAUCUGUGAAGAGUAGAAAACUCCUUAUUUGACCAUGUCUGUGCUGUAUAUUUGUCUGCCACAAGGUGGCAGCCAAGUGUUAGAGUUUUAGUUUGAUAGUUUAAAUGAGAGGGAAGUUUAAUCUGCAUUGAUUUGCUUUUUGAGCCUUGUACUUUGGAUUUUGGAUGAAAUAGGGGUAGGGUGGGGCAUUGAGGCACUUAUAUGCCACAUGCUUAACAUUAUUCAUAUUUAUUCAUAUCUAUUAUUUGUCAUUUUUCUUUACACAAAUCAGCAAACAAGCCUAUAAAUUAGAUCAAAAUGAGGCCUGAUGUGUAACACUUAAACAGCUAUAAAUUGGUGAUUUUGUUAUAGUAGGCCUACCCCCUUUCAGUCCCCAAAUUUCCUUCCUGCUCACUUUAUCUUCAAAACAAACUGUGAACUGUUUCAAAACAUUUACUGAUAUGGGAGGAAAUUUGGAGAAUUGGAGGCUAUAACAAAAUCAGGCAGUGUAACUUAGUUUUGGCUAAAGCUAACCACACCUCCCCUCACUAGGGUUGCCAACCGUCCCGUAAAAUACGUAAUCGUCCCGUAAUUGGAAACUAAAAGAAUUGUUAAACUGAUAUGGGACACGCUUUAGUUCUGUAUUUUUGAGAAUCAAAUCAAUGCAAGUCUAUGGGAGAGAAAUAUUACAGUUUAGACUAUUAAGACAGGGCUAUUUGUAUGAGACAGAAGGAAACCCUCCUGCUCUGUUAUCCCUCAGCCUCUCUGUCAUGUUAUGUUCCACUACCCAAACAGAGAAGCCGGGGAGGCGCGUAGAAACAGCUGUUUGCAGCGCUCUUUCUCUGGCUCUCCCUCCUUGACUGUCCCUUCACUUCUUUGACGUUAAGCGUUGUUUUGUUGGGAAUCAAUCAUGCCGAAUUUAGCUUAAGAUCCUCUUUAUUUAUAAAACAUCUAAAAGAAGCGACUUCACUACGUGAGUGCCUUUGAACAUCAACAGGAAAUGAAACUGUAGGAUUUAUGAAUGAAGUUUGGUGACUAAGGCUGAAAACACUGCUCUUACCAAACAGUGUCUCAUACAGAUUUCAGGUUAUACAACACCACCUCCCCAUUCCGUAUUUCCAUUUCAGGAAGUUGGCAACCCUACCCCUCACACACCUCUUCUUACAGUUAGUUAAGCAUUACAGUAACACACUAUUCAAUGUGUCAAAGAAACGCCCUUGAUGUUUUCUUAAAGCAAUCUGACAUUUUGUGAGAGUUAUCUAGAUGAGUUGAUACCACUUUCAUGUCUCUAUGCUAAAUAUGACGCUACAGCCAGCAGCUGGUUAGCUUAGCUUAGCACAAAGACUGGAAGCAUAGGGAAACAGUUAGCCUGACUCUGGGAAACUCUUCUGAAGCUCACUUAACUCCCUGUGAAACCGCAACACGUCGUUUUUGCAAUUCGGUCUUUGUACAGAUUAAGCAAAAGAUAUAUAUAAUUUGUCAAUUUAUACUAGCUGAUAUCUGUUAGCAAGCUGUUUUCCCCUAGCUAGUGGAUAAAACAGAUAGCUAGUAGAUCUUAGCUAACUAAUAGCUAGCUUAUAUCUACUAGCUAGCUGUUCCCAUCUAUAGUUAUUAGAUAAAACAGCUAGCUAAGAUGGACUAGCUAGCCGUUUCCCUAAUUUGCAGACUUUGUGGUAUCAAUCUUCUCUUCUAAUUCUUGACAAAAAAGUGUAUUUCUCAAAAUGUCAAACUAUUCCUUUAAAUGUAACUAUUCUUAGUGUUGCAUAUCUGUGUUUAGAUGCCUUUUCUUUGGUGGUUGUGCGUGUUGAGCCAAUUUUAUCAAAUGUUGAGUGUAUGUGUGCGAGUUCUACUGAUUGCCAAUUAAUUUUUGAAUGUACCGAUGUUGCUCAGCUGCUCUUAAAUGUCGCCUGCUAUCAAUUUGCCAUGGUGUACAAAUGAUGUCUUUUCUUGAUCCAGUACACUGUAUGCAUAUUUUAGGCACACAGGUGGACCUCUUGACAAAGACCUGUAAUGUUUGUGACCGUGUUUUUGUAUGUUUAUGUAACUGUUUUCAGAGUGCGAGUAUGUUUGAAAGUUGGAGAGAGUGUAUUCUGUGCACAUGUAAUGACAAGCAUUCAUGAGGAUAAAAGUAACUUAAAUGUCAAAAGAAUAUCUAUAAACCCAGUGUGUCAUGUGUAACAUGCGUUCUAGUGUCAUUCCCAGUUGUGUAAAUUUGACUGCAAAAUAAAUCUUAUCUGUGGUAAAUUGUUGUA